AUGGAUCAUCACUAUAACUGCAAUGGAUGUAACGUGACGAUUGUGAAACUGCCGAAGCGCUUGGCUCUCAAAUCCAACAACGGGAAGUUCCUGAAGUCAGUCGACGACAGCUACCACUCGCUUGAUUUCGCGUCGGACGAUCCCAACGCCACGAAGUCCGGGCUGGAGAUCCAGGCGCUGCCGAGCGGGGAGAUCCGGGUGAAGUCGGUGUACUACAAGCAGUUCUGGAAGCGAGCCAACGAUGGGGACCAGACGGUUUACGCGGUGGCGGGAGAGAAGGAGACGGGAAACAAGGACACCCUCUUCUGGCCGGUGAAGAUCAGCGAGAAGACAAUCGCCCUCCGCUGCGUCGCCAACGGGAAGUACUGCAGCCGCAACAGGAUGUACUACGACUACCUGCACGCGGCGGCGGACACGAUGGUGGACGAGGCGAGGUUCGAGGUGAAGGAGCUGGUGUCGGAGAGGAAAAUCUACGACGUGGAGUAUCGCGUGGAUGAGGCGAGGAUAUACGACUCGGAGCCGCUGACGGCGGGGUCGGCCACGCUGAAGAACGAGGGGGAGAAGGAAGCGCUGUUGAGCGAUAAAGUGGUGUAUGAGGAGACUGCCACGUAUGCGGUGACGCGGAGCGAGAGUGUGACGGCUGGGCUGGAGUUCACCUUCGAAGGUUCGCUCACCAAAGUUGUGAGUUUCAAGCUGGAGAUGUCUAGGGAGGUGAGUGAGAAGAUGGAGUGGGAGGUGAGCAAGUCGGAGAAAACGACGCAGGAGGCUACGGUUUCAGCUCUUGUGCCUGCUCGUAGCUCGGUCAAGAUUAGCUACGCGGGCUCGAAGGGGAAGUACAGCGUUCCCUUCUCGUACACGCAGCGGGACAUUGAUUCAACCACCGGCAAACCCACUAUAACCAGAGCACGGUGA